CAAAGGCAGCCAGGACGUGGCGUGAGGGCAUGGACCACGGGUGUGACGGGCCUGACGGCUACCGGUUUGCGAGCUGUAGGAUGCGCGCGUAUUCUGUUGUUGCCGACUGUGUGUGUUGUACCUGUUGAUUCUGGGGUGUGGGGGCGAGGCCUCUUAUCUCAGCCCAGGGGCCCAGCCUCCUUGCCUUUGCCCGCCCCUCCCAGGCCCCUCGCCGGCCCUCGGUUUCCGCUGAACCUUCUGCUCCGGGACCCCCGCCCCUCCGCCGCUUCCUCUCCCACGGCUUCCGAUCCCGGCUGCCGAGGACGGGGCGAGGCCGCCCACUGCCUUCGCUGUGGGGGCGUGGGGGCGGGGUGGGCGUGGGGUCAGACUGAGCGUGUGGCCUUGUUGGUAUCCGUCCUGCAGUCGUGAGUAUGAUAGUUGGGAGAGCUCUGUGCGUGUGCGUGCAAGCUUGCCGGUGGAGGGCGAGGUGUGUGUCUCUUAAUAAUGUGGGUGCCCCUCUCUGCCUUGUAUGUGUGCCUUGGCUGGCUGGCUUGGACAGAGUGUGUUUUGAGGGGGCGUGUGUACACCCGUCUGCCCUGGGUUGUGUGAGUGUGUGUGUUUGGUAUGACCCGCCCUUAUUCCCCUGGGAGUGUCAGGGAACAGCAAGAGGUAGAAAUUAGGGGCUGCCUCCAUCCUACUGCAGAGAUUUUAGUCUUGCCCUGUGGCAUGCAAAUUCCCUUGUUCACCUAUAGACUCAGUUACCCCAUCUGUCCAAUGGAGCUCAUCCCAGGCCCUACCAGGCUCUGAGCCCUGGAUAGGGCAAAAGCAGCCUGGGGUGCCGAUGUGGCCACGGGAAAGCCACUCCAGGGAGUCUCAGGCUUUGCAGGGCACGAAGCAUCUACACAGACAGGGAUCAUCUUGCUCUACUCUCUGAAUAGCCAGUGCAGUAAGGAGUGUCAUCCUAACCUCAUCCCUGCAGAAGUUUCUGAGACUCCCAAGGGUAGCACUUCAGCAUCUUCAGCUAUGCAAGCCACCUCUCUGGCUGUUCCUGAGGGUGCCCCCUCCAGGAAGAAGCGGUUGGAGUUGGAUGAUGACCUAGACACUGAGUGUCCCACCCAGAAACAUGCUCGAUGUGGGCCCGAGCCGCCCUCCUGCCAACUGCCCCUGAGCCCACCCCCUGCUCCAGUUCACACCCCUGCUGUGACCACUGCCUCCAGGCUUGGACCCUAUGUUCUCCUGGAGCCUGAGGAGGGCAGCCGGACCUACCGCACCCUGCACUGCCCCACAGGCACGGAGUACAUCUGCAAGGUGUACCCGGCCUGUGAGGCCCUGGCGGUGCUGGAGCCAUACUUGCGGCUGCCCCACCACUGCCAUGUGGCCCGGCCGGUGGAGGUCCUGACAGGCACGCGGCACCUCUACGCCUUCUUCCCACGGCCGCAUGGGGACAUGCACAGCCUGGUGCGUCGCCGGCGGCGCCUCCUGGAGCCCGAGGCCGCAGCUCUCUUCCGCCAGAUGGCCACCAUCCUGGCACACUGCCACCAGCACGGGCUGGUCCUGCGCGACCUCAAGCUGCAGCGCUUCAUCUUUACUGACCCGGAGAGGACAAAGCUGGUGCUGGAGAACCUGGAGGACGCCUGUGUGCUGACCGGGCCUGACGACUCCUUGUGGGACAAGCACGCGUGCCCAGCCUAUGUGGGCCCCGAGAUCCUCAGUUCCCAGCCAUCCUACUCCGGCAAGGCGGCAGACGUCUGGAGCCUGGGCGUGGCCCUCUUCACCAUGCUGGCUGGCCAUUACCCCUUCCAGGACUCAGAGCCUGCUCUGCUCUUCGGCAAGAUCCGCCGUGGGGCCUUCGCCCUGCCCGAGGGCCUCUCGGCCCCGGCCCGCUGCCUGGUCCGCUGCCUCCUCCGAAGGGAGCCAGCUGAGCGGCUCACGGCCUCAGGCAUCCUGCUGCACCCUUGGCUGCGGGAGAAUGUGGUCCCUACACACCCCUCGCGAUCCAGCGUCUGCGAGGCUGACCAGGUGGUCCCAGAAGGGCUGGGGCUGGAGGAGGCGGAGGAGGAGGGAGAGAGAGAUGUGUGUCUCUACGGCUAACGCGACCCUACUGGACUCUCAGCCCCAGAGCCAGUUGAGGCUGGGGUAUCUCUAAGCUCUCUCCUGCCUCUUUGAACUGAGCCGAACCUUAAGUGCCUUCUGGGAGGGAGAGAGGAGGAGGUGUGUGUGGAGCGUGCUGGACGCACACACCUGUGCACAUGAGCUCGUGCCUCACCGAGUCCUCGGGAGCUCACUGUGCCAAGUGCCACUCCCAGUGCUGGGAACACAGCAGUGAACGACAGAGACAAAACUCCUGCUCACAGAGUUGACAACACUUUCCAGGCCCACUGGGCAGUGUCUACACUGAGCACCCACAGUGCAGGUAUCGGCAUCCACUCAUGCUGAUGCCCAGGUACCUCUGACAUGGGACAGUCCCUUACACAAACAACCGAGCUGCCUUUGUAUCUUGCACCUUUUCAGAGAAAGGGAAGCAUCCCUGUGCCAAAGGCUCCAGGCCCCUCCCCUGUAACUCAGGACUCUAGAGCCCAGACCAUGCUGGGAAUUGUGCCCCCAGCAGCUCUGUCCUCUUGGUCAAGGGCUUCUCCAUCCAGGCCUGAGCCAAGGAUUUGGGCUGGAAGAUCAAGAGUGCAAAUGGUGAGGCUGGUCUUCAUCUAACUCAAAGAGUAGUUUGGAGUGAAGGGCCAGGCCUGUCCACCUCAGUGGCCCCUGACCUGAGCACCAGAGUUGGGGGCCGGGAUCAGGCAGGUUCUGUCCCCUGACCUCCUGAAAAGUCCCAAGCUCUGUUCUGGGGACACUUGGGGUCCAGGACCCUAUGUCAACACUGUGGGAUUUGGAUGCCAUGAGUAUAUGUUUUUAUCUU